GCAAGGAGCGAGCCUUCUGCCGCACCUCCCCCUCCCGUUCGCUCGUUCCCUUUUGCGAGAGAGAGCAAGGGAGAAAAAAACACGCUUCUCUCGUCCUUGCGAUAUAUACAGUAAUCUGAAAUGCUUUCUGCUGCGAAAAACAGCGUACUAAAAACUGCGUGAGAUAAAGAACAUGCUAUCCAGCAACAACUGACAUCUAUGCCUUCUUAGAAACGGGCGCGUCUUUGUAAACAUAAAUAUCUUCACAGACCUUAAUCUGGAAAAGACCGUACAGACUUCGGAAUUUCUUGUCAAUCAGCGACGUGCUCAUGGAGUUCCCGAAUGAUUCCAUGGGCUUUGCUGACCUCGGGCACCACCUUUACAACCAGUCUCUGCUCCAGAACAACUUCAGCCAGUUCAACGACACUGACUAUCUGUUUCCCCGGAGCGUGCGGAUCACCAUUGCUGUGGUCUAUAUGAUCGUCUGCGUAGUGGGUCUCGUGGGAAACUGCUUGGUCAUGUAUGUGAUAAUUAGGUACACCAAGAUGAAGACGGCCACAAACAUCUACAUCUUCAACCUGGCUCUGGCCGACACCCUGUUCCUUGCCACGCUCCCGUUCCAGGGCACCGAUAUCUUCUUGGACUCCUGGCCCUUUGGUGACAUGCUGUGCAAGGCAGUGGUCUCCAUCGACUACUACAACAUGUUCACCAGCGUGUUCACGCUGACCGUGAUGAGCAUGGACCGCUACGUAGCUGUGUGUCACCCCGUCAAGGCCUUAGAUAUGAGAACGCCGCACAAGGCCAAAGUGGUCAACAUAUGCGUGUGGGUGCUCGCCUCGGCCAUAGGGGUCCCAGCCAUGAUGCUCGGAGCCGUAGAGGAUGACCACGGCGUCGAGUGCAUCUUGGUCCUGCCUGACCCUCGCAGUUACUGGGACCCGGUGUUCGGCACGUGUGUGUUCCUCCUGUCCUUCCUCAUUCCUGUGGUGAUCAUCAGCAUGUGCUACAGCCUGAUGGUGAAGCGCUUGCGGAGCGUCCGGAUCCUCUCUGGCUCCAAGGAGAAGGAUCGCAACCUGCGGCGCAUCACUCGCAUGGUGCUGGUGGUGGUGGCCGUCUUCGUGGUUUGCUGGACGCCCAUCCAGAUCAUGGCCCUGGCCCAAUCGCUGGGCUUCAACCUGGCUAGCGUGCACACGGCUGUCCUGCUGCACUUCUGCAUCGCGCUGGGCUACGUCAACAGCAGCCUUAACCCCGUCCUCUAUGCCUUCCUGGACGAGAACUUCAAGCGCUGCUUCCGCGAGUUCUGCCAGCCAUCGCCCUUCGGCCUGGACGCGCAGCAGUCUGGACGCAUGCGUAGCAUCGCCCGUGAGGUCGCCUACAACUACAAGACCACGUAUGGCAACAGUAACCCUGCAUGACUAGGCGUGGAGCUGCCCCUGGUCAGCCCUGAGCCGCAACCCAAUCCAGGGACAGGGAACUCGAAUUCCGAGCUGACUCAGAUUACCACCCUCUAGCGCCACAGCUACCUCCGCCAAGUGGGUGGAGGAAAGGGUGGGGCUAGGUGCGAGGGUGGAGUCACAUUUGACGACACGCCCUCUUAGGGACAAAGGGGCUCAUUUUUCAACGUCUUAGGAUUUGGAUGUUAAUGUGUAUGUUAUUGGUUUUUAUCUAAAUACAACUUCUUUAUUGUUUGACGUCUGUAUUGUAAACAUGCUUUUUAUGUUUUUAUUUAUAACAGGCUGUGAUUUCUUUGAUUGGAGGGACAGGAAUGCAUUGCCUUAAAUCUAACACAAAGUCUUUUGAAAUGAAACCCAUGGACUAUGGGAGUUAGUCCUGAAUGGAUUUUAACUCUCUUUCCUUUUGUAUUAUCACAGUCUAUGAACUGAGAUUUAUGCAAUGUAAGAAAGACAAGAAGCUUACAAAACAGAGACUUGUUACUUAAUUUUUAAAAAAUGCUAUUUUUUUGUUGGUUGUCCUGUAGCAAAGCAAAAAUAUUUUAUAUUACAUGGUUUUCUAGUAGUUUUAAGCUCAAAAAGAUAAUUUGUAAAGAUGACAUAAAUUUGUGUAUUUACAUACUAAUUUGUGUAAUACAUACUCCAAAGUUAAUGAAACACAUUGUUACUGUUAUAAGUGCACAUUACCUCUGAUAUUUAAUGAAUGUUUUGAGUGUAUGAAGUGUAUCUUGCUUCCCUACAUGUUAUCCUUUGGUGAGUCAAAAAUGAGGAGUAAACUUUCUCUUCAGUUUACAUCACAGACAGCUGAAUGUUAUACAACUUUUAAAGUAGCCAAAUUAAAAGACAGAAAAAAAACAAUAGUCUGAAUUUUAAUCAGUAGUAUGAUAAAGAUACUGUAAACUUAAACGCUUCUUGUAUAUUGUAUUUGAUGUAAUGAUUUGCUCAUUUACUGCAUUUGAUUUAAAUAUUUAUAUAUUUAUUUACCGAUGAAGAGUAACUAUGGAGUAUAGACAGUUAUUGGUAUAUAUUGAGGGUAAUAGUGGAAAUCAUAUAUUCGUAUUUUUUCUCUGCAUAUGAAUUAAAUGGCAGUUAUUAAAGACAUUAAAAAAUC